CUUGUUGAUGUUUGUGAGGGUUUGGUCCAUGUGCAAAACAUCCGAAAUUUUUUGCUCCUUUGGUCAUAGGCACCUGCAUUAAUUUGGAGAUGGGAUUCUCAGCUCUUCAUUGCAUCGUUUGGAACUGCUUCACAGAUCGUUUAAGGCUUUUCAUCAGUCAUCCCGUUCUGAACCUUGAGGUAUCCUAGUGCAAUUUUGGUGGAAAUGGCUGCAAACCAUACUUCAUUUCUUAAAGCACAGAGGAAUGUGCAGGGGUUUACAGCAGUCUUAACAAAUACAGCUUGUGAAUUGUUUUUGAUCUUUCUAUUGCUAGUUGAUGGUGUCUUUUCAUACCUGCUUACAAAAUUUGCACGUUAUUGCAAAUUGCAAAUACCUUGUAUUUUCUGUUCCAGGCUUGAUCAUGUCUUAGGCAAUGAAAAACCUGGAUUCUAUUGGAAUUUAAUUUGUAGCAAUCAUAGAUCAGAGAUAUCAUCUUUGAUUUCCUGCAACGUUCAUGGCAAGCUUGCUGAUGGCUUUGGAAUGUGUGAAGAUUGUCUCCUAUCAUCUGCCAUAAAAAACAAAUCAAAGUCAGAUAUGAACAGGUUGUUUCUGGGUAAGUUGGGGUUUAAUCUUGGUGGUUGUGGAACUUGUAGGUUCCCGAGCUUGUUUCUCAACAGGGAUUUUGUUGCUUCUACGAUCACAAGGUUGUGCCUAUGUUGCAAUAAGCCUUGGGCUCCAAGAAAAAACUGUCAAAGAUUAAUCCAGCUACAAUCAUCUGAGAUUGAAGUAACUAAGCCUAAUAUUCCCUUGCCAUGUCACUUAAGCCAAGGGGCAAGCUCGAAGACGACAAAGGAUAAGUUUUCAGGGCCAGUGACAUCUUCUCAUCUCAGAAGAAAUGAUAGUGAUCCCUUGCCUCAUGCAGGAUACACCAAGCUGAAAAUCGAUUCUGAGUCAGAGUCUGAGGUCCCAUUUUCUGAUGAUGAUGGUGGUAGAAGCAUAUUUUGUGAUAUAAAUGAACAUAAUGAAGAAUCUGUAGUUCAUUGUGCUCCAGAAAUUCCACCCAAAAGAGGCUCAAACAAUUUGGCUCCAAAAAUGCAGCCCAAUGCUAGUGAAUCUCGUGAUGUGAAGUGUUUGGCUCCAGAUAUUGUUAUGGGGUGUGAUGCCUGUGAACUUAACUGGCAGCAGGCUGAUCAGAAAGCCAAUCUAGCUGCACUGCCAGAGCUCAUUUCUCUGGAUCAUAUUCCUCCCUCAUCCAGAGAUGCUGAAGUUCCUUAUAGAGUAUUAUCACCUAUCUACCAUAAUGAUUCUGUAAUGUCUGACCUCAUUUCCUUAGUUGAUCCUCCUCCAUCAAUUGAUGUUAAGGAAGUGAACUGCUGUGCAUUACCAGAGAAAUCAGCAUAUGUUACUGUCACAAGUGAAGUAGAAAAUAUUUCCAUCAACAAGAAUGAGGAAAUCUUGAAGGUGAUAAACACAACAACUGGAGCAGGAUUUAAAGCUGAUGAACUUGUAAGUAAUGAGGAUCCAAGUGAUGUGUACAAGUCAUCUGUCAAUGUUAAGGAAAAGAAAAUGUCAGAAAUUCUUGCACAACAACCUCAAGUGAAGUACAAUAGUGGAUUAACUGAAGAUUUGAGGUUAUUGCUUGUACAAGAUUCUUGCAGUCAAGGGAUUCACUCAUCAUUUGACAAUUUAGGUCCUAAAUCACAAGGUCUUGGGGUUGAUUUGCAUACAACUGAUGAAUCAAACUCUGAUGGGAUCAAGAAUCUUGACGACACAAUUUUGGUGGACAGUCUGGAUGGGAGCAGUGUCAGUGAAAUUGAAGGUGAAAGUGUUGUUGAUAGGCUGAAGCGGCAGGUUGAGUAUGAUCAGAAGUGCAUCAAUUCUUUAUAUAAGGAAUUAGAGGAAGAGAGAAAUGCUUCAGAAAUUGCUGCAAAUCAAGCAAUGGCCAUGAUUACAAGGUUGCAGGAGGAGAAGUCAGCACUCCAUUUGGAGGCCAUGCAGUACCUAAGAAUGAUGGAAGAGCAAGCAGAAUAUGAUGGAGAAGCCUUGGAGAAAGCAAAUGAUCUUCUGGCAGAAAAGGAGAAAGAAAUACAAGAUUUGGAAACUGAGUUAGAGUUUUGUAGGUUAUAUGUACUUGAUAAACCGCUAGAGGAGACCAUACCUGUGGAAAGUGUUGAUUUGAAGGAGGAAAAUCUAUCUGUAAAUGAUACCAGCAUAUCAUGUAAGGAGGAGGAUGCAAGUGUUCACCAGAAAUCAGUGUUUCCUGAGGCCUCUGAAGGCUGUGAUUCUCCUUCACUUGCCUCAUCAUGGGCAGACUUUGUGGAUGAAAAGUCCUACAUCUCUGAACGUCUUAAGAAUUUGGAGAGGAAACUUCAGAAGUUUGCUUAUCAACGGACUUUGUCUUACAUACCAGAUGGUGACUUUUCUGAAGAAGCAGCAGACAUGGGGGGCUAUCGAGGAGAGUUUAUUGAUGAAAAUGAUAAACAAAUAAGUUGUCAGAUGAAAGACAAUGGUUUGGCAGUGCAAAAAGAAUUACUGGCAUCUAAUGGAAGUGCUACUCAUGAAGGGUCCAAUGCUUCAAUUUGCAGAAGUGAAGUUGGUAGCAAGGAAAACGGUCAUAUUGUUCCCAAUGGACAAAAUGGUUUUAAAUCUUGUGAACAAAAUGAUCUGGUACCUCUGGAAAAUGAAGUUUCAGACCUCAAUGACAGGUUGGAAGCACUUGAGGCUGACUUUAAUUUUCUUGAGCAUUCUAUAAAUUCUCUUCAAAGUGGAAGUGAAGGGCUAUGUUUUGUUCAAGAUAUAGCUUAUCAACUGCAAGAACUGAGGAAAAUUCGGAUAACGAGAAAAGGAAGACCUGUUUCAGGAGCUUACACACAUCAUUACUAGUUGUGCUGCAUACAAAACAGAUGAAGGAAACCAGCCAUGGUACUGAGAACCAAGAUUGUUAUCAGCUAGAAUUUGAUGUGAAAACUGAAGAAAUGAAACCUGUAUUGCAUAGCUUGCCAGGAUGUUAUUAUAUUAUCUAGGUAUGGCUUUGCAUACACGCACCAUCUCCAUUUCUUGGAACAACAGAAUGAUAUAUGGCCCAGGACUUUAUCUUUAUUGGACUUUGUAACUGAAGUUUACCAAUUUCCACUUCCUUUUAUCUCCCUUUUGUGGGUCUUUAUUUUGGAGCGGUGAUCAUUACGUUGUACGUUGGGUGGGAUUUCAGUGAUUUUUUUUUCCCAUUUUCAAGGUUUGUAUACAGCAGCCAACCUGUGUUGCAAUUGUAAAUUCAUGCAGAUUCUGGACUCAUUUCCUCAUCAUAGCAUCGAAAGGAGAGAUUUCAUAUAUUUUUUUUCCUUUGGCCUUGAAAGAAACUUAGUCAAUUUCUUAUCGGAUAAUUUCCAUUCUGAUCCGAAAUAUGUCUCCAUUGGAUAUGUUUGGUCUCAGGAAAACUGCUCAUUUUCGUGAUUUCGUGUUAAUUACUCAAAUUCUAUCCAUAUGUUCGUGUAAUUUUUUGUCUCUUUGAGUUUUGACUUUUGACAAAUAACUUAAUUUUGAAGCUGAUGUUAAUGUUACUCAUCUGUUGUGGGAUGAGUCAUUUUUUAACUUCUUCCUAGAGUAAAUGAUAGGUAGAUAA